AUGCCCGUCAAGAAGGAAGGCGCCGAAAUGAGCGCCUUCGAGCGCAAACGGCUCGAAAACAUGGCCGCCAACAAGGCCAUCCUGACCGACAUCUCCGCAACGGCAAAGAAAAUAAUUCCGGACAAGAAGAAGGCAGCGCCGAAAUCCUCCACUCCGAGACGAAAGACUCGCGAGACCGUCAAGCGUGAGCCGGCGCGCGGGGUCCGGAUGAGCUCCCGCCUUGCAGGCCUUGAGGCCGAUGACGAGGCUCUCAAGCGCAAGCUCGCCGCCGAUAUAGAAAGAGACGCCGCAGAGUCCAAGGCAAAAAAGGUGCGCGUCGCCCAAGACCUGCUCCUCGGCGACAUUGUCGUCGAGGGCAAGAAGUGGGGAAGAGGACUCGACGGCCUCAAGGGCCUCGUCAGGGGCGCUGAGCCCGGAGUGCGAACCUUCACGGACGCCGACGUGAAGGAGACAACGGAUAAGGGUCUCAACCACCUGAGAAGACGAAUGUGCUCCCUGAAUCUAUACGAGCACUGGUUACCGAACCAAAUCAAGAUCACCCCGCAGCGCGUCUAUUCCCUUGGUUUCCAUCCUUCAGAGGAUAAACCGAUUGUUUUUGCCGGCGACAAGGAGGGCGCAGUGGGCGUCUUUGACGGUUCGCAGACUUUCCCCGAGGCUGAUGACGACGAGGAGGCGGCGCAUCAACCAGACCCCGUCAUCUCGGCGUUCAAAACGCACGCAAGAACGAUAACCUCGUUCGUCUUUUCCCCAACUGACCCCAAUGCGGUCUAUACCUCCUCCUACGACUCGUCGAUACGAAAAAUGGACUUGGAAAAAGGCGUCUCUGUCCAGGUAUUUGCGCCCGCCGAUGACAGCGACGAAAUGCUGCUCUCGUCCAUGGACAUGGCCACGGCCGAGCCCAGCGUACUCUACUACUCGACAUUGGACGGGGGGUUCUCUUUACAUCCUCUCCGCCCCCAUCUCGUUGCGACCGCCUCCCUGGACCGGACCAUGAAGAUCUGGGACCUGCGCAAAAUGAUGGGCACCGGCGCCGAGCGGCACCCAGCACUGUUGGGCGAGCACGAGUCGCGGCUCUCUGUUUCGCACGCAUCGUGGAGUGCCGGAGGCCACGUUGCCACGUCGUCGUACGACGACACAAUCAAAAUCUACAACUUUGCCGAUUCAAUUCACUGGAAACCGGGGCAAGACAUCGGCCCGCAGGCCAUGGAGCCGGCGCACAAAAUUCCGCACAAUAACCAGACUGGCCGAUGGGUUACUAUUCUGAAGCCACAGUGGCAAAAACGGCCACAGGAUGGCAUUCAAAAAUUCGCCAUCGCCAACAUGAAUAGAUUCGUUGACGUCUUUGCCUCAGAUGGCAGUCAAUUGGCGCAGCUAGACGGCGAGGGAAUCACGGCCGUGCCCGCCGUCACGCAUUUCCACCCGACCAUGGACUGGGUGGCCGGCGGCAACGGCAGCGGCAAGCUAUGCUUGUGGACAUGA